AUGGCGCCGCACAAGUAUAAUUUGCUAAGGUCGCCGCGACCUGGAGAGUCGAGUGACGAAGAAGACAAAGUUGGUCUCGCCGUUUCAAAUGAUGCUGAGCUUGACGUCGUGAAGCAGUCGACCUCAAGCCGUUAUUGUAAAGACAUUCUACCAUACUGGGACUGGGGACUUGAUUGGGAAGAUCCCACAAAAUCUGCAAUAUGGGACCCAGUUACAGGAUUUGGAGGUGACGGCGACCCCGAGGGUCCUGCUUCUGUAGGCUGGGGAUCUUGCGUGAAAGACGGCCCAUUUGCAGACUACGAGGUGUUAUUUUAUGAUUUCAUUCCUAAACUACACUGUCUAUCUCGCGGUUUUGGUCGGUACUAUAAGAAGCCUUUCCCCGGUGACGCUUUUGCACCAGCCGCUAUCCAAGAGGUCCUUGAUCAGCUGACGUUCUGGAAUUUCACGAACGCAAUCGAACUAGGGCCUCACGAUGCUAUUCCUAACAAUAUCUGUGGAGACUUUUUCUUCCUAGAAGCACCAAAUGAUCCAGUUUUCUUCCUUCAUCAUGCAAACCUCGAUCGUCUAUGGUGGACGUGGCAACAAAAGACGCAGGAGAGAAUUUGGGAGUACAAUGGCCUUGGAAACUCGUCUACGUUUCAAUCUGCCUCUUUAGAAGACGUGUUGCAUAUGGAGGGAUUAGGCCCAGAUGUGAAGGUCAGAGACGUGAUGCACACAAACUUCGGAAUGUUCUGUUAUGGUUAUUAG